AUGGCGACCCUGCUCCCUCCCCCAGGCACCGAAGUCUUCCGCCUCUUCACCCCGGAGUCGCUGGUGGAGAUCGAGAGGCUCGCGGAGGAAGCUAAGAAGGCAGCAGAAGUAGAGGGCCAUGAGGAGGAGGAGGAACCGCUGGCCCCGCAUGCCGAUCUGGAGGCGGGCAAGAGUUUGCCCAUGAUCUUCGGCGAUCCGCCGCCGGAGCGGCUCAACACGCCCCUGGAGGAACUGGACCCCUUCUACAAAGCACAGAAAACAUUCAUUGUGAUCAGCAAAGGAAACACGAUCUACAGGUUCAACGCUGAACCGGCUUGUUACAUUCUGAGCCCCUUUAAUGUGGUUAGAAGAGUAGCCAUCAAAAUUCUCAUACAUUCAUAUCCUUUCACCGACUUUAAAUUAUUCAGCAUGUUCAUCAUGCUGACGAUUCUGUCGAACUGUGUCUUCAUGACGAUGAGCAACCCACCACCAUGGAGUAAGACUGUAGAGUAUGUUUUUACUGGUAUUUAUACCUUCGAGGCGACAGUCAAAGUGCUGUCCAGGGGUUUCUGCAUGGGACCUUUUACAUUCCUUCGAGAUGCGUGGAACUGGCUGGAUUUCAUGGUGAUCAGCAUGGCAUACGUCACGGAGUUUGUUGAUCUUGGCAACGUGUCAGCCCUCAGGACAUUUCGAGUACUUCGAGCCCUCAAAACAAUCACCGUGAUUCCCGGUUUGAAAACGAUCGUCGCCGCGUUGAUUCAGUCGGUGAAGAAGAUGGUGGACGUCAUGAUCCUGACCGUCUUCGCCCUCGCAGUUUUCGCACUUGUUGGGCUGCAACUUUUUAUGGGCAACCUGCGUCACAAAUGUGUCCGAUGGCCCAUCCAAACAAAUGAAAGUGUUUUUAACGCCACCUCUGCGUUUAGUGACACUUUUCCCUUCAGCAACACGUCGGGUGUCAACGAUACCAUAUAUUCCAAUAGCACUUUUAACUUCAUUGAAUAUAUUGAAAAUACAGACAAUCACUACUACCUGGAAGGCAGCCUAGACGCGCUGCUUUGCGGAAACAGCUCUGAUGCUGGAAAGUGCCCAGAAGGAUACACCUGCAUGAAAGCUGGGAGGAAUCCAAACUAUGGCUACACCAGCUUUGAUUCCUUUGGGUGGGCUUUCCUUGCCCUCUUCAGGCUCAUGACCCAGGACUACUGGGAGAAUCUUUUCCAACUGAUCCUGCGGGCGGCCGGAAAGGCAUACAUGCUGUUCUUCGUGGUGAUUAUCUUUCUGGGCUCCUUUUACCUCAUCAACCUCAUCCUGGCCGUGGUGGCCAUGGCUUACGACGAGCAGAAUCAGGCAACGCAGCGAGAGGCCAUCGAAAAAGAGGAGGAGUUUCAGCGGCUGUUGGAGCAACUCAGGAAUCAGGAAAAGGCUCAUGCUCUCGGUAGCCAGGUCACGCUAACCAGUAAGAAGUCAGUCAGUCGCCACACGCCAUCCGAGAUGAGCGACGGCGAACGAGACCUCGAACGAGAUGAAACCGUCAAAGACUGUAACGGGAGAAUUAUUCCACGUCUCAUGAUCAGAGCGCCUACCAUGGAUCAAUCUGCUUUAGAUUAUGAAUGCAGAGAGCGGUCCUUAGGCUCUGUGCACAGCAUGCUUCAUCUGGAUAAGCCAGGCUUGACUCAGAGAACCGCCAGUGCCCUGACUGUGAUCACUGCAGCUACACUUGACGAGUUGGAGGAGGCUCAGAGGCCAUGUCCGCCCGGCUGGUACAAGUUUGCCGACAUGUUCCUGAAGUGGGACUGCUGUCCGCAAUGGGUGCUCUUCAAAAAGUGGGUGUACUUUGUGGUGAUGGACCCUUUCGUGGACCUGGCGAUCACCAUCUGCAUCGUGCUCAACACCCUCUUCAUGGCCAUGGAGCACUACCCCAUGACUCAAGAGUUUAACCACAUGCUCACAGUGGGGAAUCUGGUGUUCACUGGGAUUUUCACAGCUGAAAUGGUUUUCAAGCUCAUUGCAAUGGACCCCUACUACUACUUUCAAGUUGGGUGGAACAUUUUUGACAGCAUAAUCGUCACUCUCAGUCUGGUGGAGUUGGGGCUGGCAAAUGUCCAGGGGCUGUCCGUCCUGAGGUCCUUCCGUUUGCUUCGUGUUUUCAAACUGGCCAAGUCCUGGCCCACACUCAACAUGCUGAUCAAGAUCAUCGGUAACUCAGUGGGAGCUUUGGGAAACCUGACUUUGGUGCUGGCCAUCAUCGUCUUCAUUUUUGCCGUGGUGGGGAUGCAGCUCUUUGGGAAGAACUACAAGGACUGUGUGUGCAAGAUCUCCUUAGACUGCGAACUGCCCCGCUGGCACAUGAACGACUUCUUCCACUCGUUCCUCAUCGUGUUCCGCAUCCUGUGCGGCGAGUGGAUCGAGACCAUGUGGCACUGCAUGGAGGUGUCCGGGGCAGCAAUGUGCCUGAUCGUCUUCAUGAUGGUCAUGGUCAUCGGAAAUCUGGUGGUGUUGAACCUCUUCUUGGCCCUGCUGCUCAGCUCCUUCAGCGGAGACAACCUCGCUCCCGGAGACGAAGAUGGAGAGAUGAACAACCUCCAGAUCGCCCUUGGCAGAAUAACACGGGGCAUCGAUUGGCUGAAAGCGUUUGCCGUUCGGAGUGUUCAGCGGGCUCUCGGCAGAAAGCCAAAGGAACCCGAGGAGGGCCACGAGGACGACGCCGACUCCAAAAUGGAGGAGAUUGAAAUGAACCAUUUGGACACUGGUCAGACCUUUAAACUGGCAGACGGAGGAUCGGGUUGUGUGGCUGAAGGCCGACUCGCUGGAUUAAUUUUGGACGGAGAACUUUGCCUCAAUGUGCCAAUCGCAAUGGGAGAGUCAGACUUUGAGAACCUGGAUGAGGAGGAUGACGACGAUGAAGACGAUGCUGAUGAUACUCAUGAUCAGCUGAUGGGUGCUCUGAAUGACGGAGACUCCUCAGUGUGCAGCACAGUGGACUAUCAGCCACCUGCACCCGAACCGGAAGAAGUGGAAGAGGAAGAGCCAGACCCGGUGGAGCCGGAGGCCUGCUUCACUGACGAUUGCGUGAGGCGCUGGCCGUGCCUCACUGUGGACAUCACCCAGGGCAGAGGGAAGAAAUGGUGGAACCUUCGCAAAACAUGCUUCACUAUUGUGGAGCACGACUGGUUUGAAACCUUUAUCAUCUUUAUGAUCCUCCUCAGCAGUGGAGCUCUGGCCUUUGAGGACAUUUACAUAGAGAAACAUCGUUUCAUCAAAAUUAUUCUGGAGUAUGCUGACAAGGUGUUCACCUACAUUUUCGUCAUUGAGAUGCUCCUCAAAUGGGUUGCGUAUGGCUUCAAGACGUACUUCACCAACGCGUGGUGUUGGUUAGACUUCUUCAUCGUAGAUGUUUCCCUGGUGAGUUUAGUCGCCAACUGGAUGGGCUAUUCUGACCUCGGGCCGAUCAAAUCCCUCCGAACCCUCCGAGCGCUCAGACCGCUGCGAGCUCUGUCCAGAUUUGAAGGGAUGAGGGUGGUGGUGAAUGCUCUAGUUGGAGCGAUUCCCUCCAUCUUCAAUGUGCUGCUGGUGUGUCUGAUUUUCUGGCUCAUCUUCAGCAUCAUGGGAGUUAAUUUGUUCGCUGGGAAGUUCUAUCACUGCAUCAACACCACCACAGGGGACCGCUUCCUCCUCACGGAGGUCAACAACAGAAGUGAGUGCAUGGCCAUCAAAGAGGCCACCCAGGACGCCCGCUGGGUCAACGUCAAGGUCAACUACGACAACGUCGGGUCUGGGUACCUGUCCCUGCUACAAGUGGCAACUUUUAAAGGUUGGAUGGAUAUCAUGUAUGCCGCUGUUGACUCAAGAGAGAUUGAGGAGCAACCUGACUAUGAGGCCAACCUCUACAUGUACAUGUACUUUGUGAUCUUCAUUAUAUUUGGGUCUUUCUUCACACUCAAUCUUUUCAUCGGUGUCAUUAUCGACAAUUUCAACCAGCAGAAGAAGAAGUUUGGAGACAAGGACAUCUUCAUGACGGAGGAACAAAAAAAAUAUUAUGACGCCAUGAAGAAACUCGGCUCCAAGAAGCCCCAAAAGCCAAUCCCUCGCCCAACGAACCUCAUCCAAGGCAUGGUGUUCGACUUCAUCAGCCAGCAGUUCUUUGACAUCUUCAUCAUGGUGCUCAUUUGUCUCAACAUGGUGACCAUGAUGGUGGAAACGGACGACCAAAGUGCAGAGAAGGAGGACUUCCUCUUCAAAGUGAAUGUGGCCUUUAUUGUUAUCUUCACUGGAGAGUGUGUACUGAAGCUUUUUGCCUUGCGCCAGUAUUUCUUCACCAACGGAUGGAAUAUUUUUGAUUUUGUUGUGGUCAUCUUGUCAAUAGCCGGCACAAUGCUGUCCGACCUGAUUGAGCAGUACUUUGUGUCACCAACACUUUUCAGAGUGAUCCGGCUGGCCAGGAUAGGGAGGAUUCUCCGUCUUAUCAAAGGGGCGAAGGGCAUCCGGACGCUUCUCUUCGCUCUCAUGAUGUCGCUUCCCGCCUUGUUCAAUAUCGGCCUCCUCUUGUUUCUCAUCAUGUUCAUCUUCUCCAUAUUCGGCAUGUCAAACUUUGCCUAUGUCAAAAAGGAGUCUGGAAUCGAUGACAUGUUUAAUUUCGAGACAUUCGGUGGAAGCAUCGUCUGCUUGUUUGAGAUCACCACGUCGGCCGGCUGGGACGGGCUGCUACUCCCGAUGCUGAACCGGGAGCCGCCGGACUGCGACCCAGACUUUGAGAACCCAGGAACAGACGUGAAGGGGAACUGUGGCAGCCCGGGCAUGGGCAUGAUGUUCUUCUGCAGCUACAUCAUCAUCUCCUUCUUGGUGGUGGUCAACAUGUACAUCGCCAUCAUCUUGGAGAACUUCAACGUGGCGCAGGAGGAGAGCGGCGACGCGCUCUGUGAGGAAGACUUUGAGAUGUUCAAUGAGACCUGGGAGAAAUUUGAUCUCGAUGGAACUAUGUUCAUCGAGUACAGUCAACUCUCAGAUUUUUGUGACACCUUGCAAGAGCCGCUGAGGGUCGCCAAACCCAACCGCUUUCGCCUGAUAGAAAUGGAUCUGCCGCUGGUGAUCGGAGACAGGAUACACUGCCUGGAUGUGCUGCUGGCCGUAACGCAGAUGGUGUUGGGAGACACGGUGGAGAUGGCGGCGAUGCGGGAGAGCAUCCAGGCCAAAUUCAUCCUGAGCAAUCCCACCUCGGACUCAUUCGCACCGAUCACGACGACGGUGCGCCACAAAGAGGAGCGGAACGCUGCGCUGGUCAUCCAGAGGGCCUACCGCGCCCAUCUCCUGAGGCGCUGCGUCCGCCAUGCUGCUUUUCUGUACCGCUCCAGAAGGCAGGGGAAGAAUGAAGAUCCGCCGGAAAAAGAGGGGCUGCUGUCGCGAAGGUUGGGCGUGCUCUAUGGGAGUAAUGCAGACCUGGCGGAGGAGAUGGAGAGGGCCGAUUUAGAAAUCCUAGCAAGCCGCCAACUUCUGAAUCCAGAGACAUCGGCGUGUGACGGAGACAGAGAGGCGGAUUACAGUUCAGAAAGCCCUGAGCCAAAUGUCUUGGUCGUCCCCGUGGAAAUCACUAAUGAGGUUUUACUACAUUCUGCCCCCAUCCAGCAGCUUUUCUCCAUACCAGCAAACCUGAGAGAGUCCAUUGUAUGACAAACUGCACAAGAACAUGUCUUCUCAGUUCUUAAUUUUAAACUUUUCGCUCCAGCUUGUCUUACUGACUUUAAUAAUCCAGAGGUAGGUUAUACAGUGCUAAUGGAUCUAUAGACCACAUUUUGUAAUCACUCAAUCUUAAAACCUAUUCCCAUGUUUUCCAAUCAGAAAUGUGAAACUGCGUGUUUUUUUCCCUGGGUUUUUGGUGACCCAGAGGUCAAGGUUCGAAUCCCUCUUAAGGUUUGCACCGGGAAGGCCGUCUGGUGUCAAACAUCCCACAAAGGAUCAGCCAAGAGAUGAUCUUCAUCUUUAUUAUUAGAAAAAUGUAAAAGAGUUUCUUUGUCGUCAAAGGGGUAAACAUUACUUUGGACCAGAGUCUGUAAUUCAAGAGAUUUCUCAUAAAAGGACAGAGCAGAGAGCAGGAUUUUUGAAUAUGGAUCCAUCCAUUUCCUGUACUCAUUUAUCCAUCACCACUGAAAGCUUCCACAGAAGAUAUUUGAUGAUGAUCUUUGAAUGUUCAAAGAUUUGUGAAACCCAAAACCAGAAGCAAAAAAGAGCAAACUGAAAAUCAUAUGACAGAAACUACAGCAGAGGGGUCAAACACGUUUCAGUUCAGGAGCCUCAUACAGUCUAAUGAGCCAUAAUUAUCUUUAUUUUUUUUUAACUUUAAAGCUUUUCCUUGUUGUGGCACAGAGUUUACUAAAUGAAAAUGUCUGUUUUACACAACAAAAUCAUUACGAUGGGUGUUAUUUGUGACUAUUGACCCAAUCUCAACAUAAAGUCAACUUUACUGAACAUUCUGGGGAAAACUUCUUAAGAGUAGCAGAAAGCCAGCAAAC